ACUGCUGUCUCUCUACCCCACCUCUCCAAGACACGCAACAUGUUACCAUGCGAUCAGGGGCGGACUGACAACUCAUGGGGCCCCGGGCAAUAGGGGAUCAUGGGGCCCCUGUGUCCUUGCUCAAACUCAAAAAAUCCUAUGAAAAAGGUACCAGGGGCAGCUCAUGGAGCCCCCUACUGACCCCGGGCCAUCGGGCAGUGCCCGAGUUUCCAAAUGGUCAGUCCGCCCCUGCA